GAAGCAACGUCCAGUACCAUUCAGCGCCAUCACCUGACCAGAAGAUGAAGACUUUCUGGUUCCUGGUACAAGCGGCCGCAGUUGGACUGCUACUCCUUGUUGACAUAGGGAGUAGCCACGAGGACCAAGUGGGACUGACAGACCAAUCAAAAGGAUCAGACCAAAUAUAUCUAACAAUAAAAGGAGGGAUUAGCGGGUCAGAAGAGUCCGGUGGUAAAGGAGAGUCUAGCGGCUCAGAAGAGUCCAGCGGUAAAGGAGGGUCUAGCGGUUCAGAAGGGUCCAGCGGUAAAGGAGAGUCUAGCGGCUCAGAAGGGCCCAGCGGUAAAGGAGAGUCUAGCGGCUCAGAAGGGUCCAGCGGUAAAGGAGAGUCCAGCGGUAAAGGAGGGUCUAGCGGUUCAGAAGGGUCCAGCGGUAAAGGAGAGUCUAGCGGCUCAGAAGGGCCCAGCGGUAAAGGAGAGUCUAGCGGCUCAGAAGGGUCCAGCGGUAAAGGAGGAUCUGCCGGCUCAGAAGGGUCCAGUGGUAAAGGAGAGUCCAGCGGUAAAGGAGGGUCUAGCGGUUCAGAAGGGUCCAGCGGUAAAGGAGAGUCUAGCGGCUCAGAAGGGUCCAGCGGUAAAGGAGGAUCUAGCGGCUCAGAAGGGCCCAGCGGUAAAGGAGAGUCUAGCGGCUCAGAAGAGUCCAGCGGUAAAGGAGAGUCUAGCGGCUCAGAAGAGUCAAGCGGUAAAGGAGGGUCUAGCGGCUCAGAAGGGUCUAGCGGUAAAGGAGGGUCCAGCGGUAAAGGAGGGUCUAGCGGUAAAGGAGAGUCUAGCGGUAAAGGAGGAUCUAGCGGCUCAGAAGGGUCCAGCGGUAAAGGAGGGUCUAGCGGCUCAGAAGGGUCCAGCGGUAAAGGA